UCCCAGGAUGCCCGGGCACCUGCGCACUGAGGGGGCAGGGCAAGUUCCCAGGCUGGGGGGGGGGGGUUGCGGCUGCUUUCCCAGCAGCUCUGUGGACGCCGGAGGGGCCGGGCCGGGCCGUCCAGCCCCCGGGCAAAGAGCCCUCGAGCGGCCGCUGGCUCCAUGCCCUUGGGGGCGGCUCCCCUGCACCCAUCGCCAGCGGCCGAGCUGGGCGCGGAGCUCUGAAGAUGGGGGACCAAAAGGACGCCCUACGGAAGAUCAUCACCACGCUAGCCAUGAAGAACGAGGAGAUCCAGAACUUCAUCUAUGCCCUCAAGCAUAUGCUGCAGAAUGUGGAGGCGAACUCCACCAAGGUGCAGGAGGACCUGGAGGGGGAGUUCCAGUCCCUCUACUCCCUGCUGGGCGAGCUGAAGGAGGGCAUGCUCAUGAAGAUCAAGCAGGACCGGGCCAGCCGCACCUACGAGCUGCAGAACCAGCUGGCUGCCUGCACCAAGGCACUGGAGAGCUCCGAGGAGCUCCUGGAGACGGCCAACCAGACGCUGGAAGGGGCCGAGAACCACGACUUCAACCAGGCUGCCAAGCAGAUCAAGGAUAGCGUGACGAUGGCCCCGGCGUUCCGGCUCUCGCUCAAGGCCAAGGUGAGCGACAACAUGAGCCACCUGAUGGUGGAUUUCACCCAGGAGCGUCGCAUGCUGCAGUCCCUGAAAUUCCUCCCAGUUCCCAGCGCCCCGGAGAUCGACAUGGCCGAGUCGCUGGUGGCCGAUAACUGCGUGACGCUGGUCUGGAGGAUGCCCGACGAGGACAGCAAGAUCGACCACUACGUCCUGGAGUACCGCAAGACCAACUUUGAGGGGCCCCCGCGGGUGAAGGAGGACCAGCCCUGGAUGGUGAUCGAGGGCAUCAAGCAGACCGAGUACACCCUCACUGGGCUCAAGUUCGACAUGAAGUACAUGAAUUUCCGCGUCAAAGCCUGUAACAAGGCUGUGGCGGGCGAGUUCUCCGAGCCGGUCACCUUGGAAACCAGAGCGUUCAUGUUCCGCUUGGACGCCAGCACCUGUCACCAGAACCUGAAGGUGGAGGAGCUGAGCGUGGAGUGGGAUGCCAUGGGGGGCAAGGUGCAGGACAUCAAGGCCCGGGAGAAGGACGGGAAGGGCAGGACGGCGUCCCCGGUGAACUCCCCUGCCAGGUGCGUGCAGUCUCCGAAGAGGAUGCCCUCGGCCCGGGGGAGCAGAGACCGCUUCACAGCCGAGUCCUACACUGUGCUGGGCGACAUGCUGAUUGACGGGGGAGACCACUACUGGGAGGUGAGGUACGACCGGGACAGCAAGGCCUUCGGCGUGGGGGUGGCCUACAGGACCCUGGGCAAGUUCGACCAGCUGGGCAAGACCUCGUCCUCCUGGUGCAUCCACCUCAACAACUGGCUGCAGGUCAGCUUCACCGCCAAGCAUAACAACAAGGCCAAGGUCCUGGACGUGCCCGUGCCCGACUGCAUCGGCGUCUAUUGCAACUUUCACGAAGGUUUCCUGUCCUUCUACAAUGCUCAAACCAAGCAGCUGCUCCAUACGUUUAAGGCCAAAUUCACCCAGCCGGUGCUUCCUGCCUUCAUGGUUUGGUGCGGCAGCUUCCAUGUGUAUUCUGGACUGCAGGUGCCCAGCACUGUCAAAUGCCUCCAGAAGCGAAACAGCACCACCAGCAGCUCCAACGCCAGCCUGACUUAGACACGCGUGGCCCCCCUGGCGUGGUGGGACCAGGCCCAGCUUUGCUGUGGGACUGGGCCACCUCCUGGCUCUCUGGAACCAGGGAGAGAUGCAGUGUGUGGCCUGUUCAGUUUUCUUUCCUCCCAGUUCCUGGAAGGCUGCUCGAGGCGGAGAGGCUGGUGCUGCAGCGUCUCAAAGGCUCUGAAUGUACCGAGACUUACCUGCCUAUGACUGUAAACCCACCUCCCGCUCCAAGCGCAUCCCUUCCCGCCGCCUCACACUUGCCUUCAAGAGACAGGGGGACGUCCACGAGCCAGACUUGUGCCAAAGGCAGGCCGUGCAGAGGAUGGCCUUUAAGCGCCCUGGGAUCUCGAGUCCAGAGGAUGGGGCCUCCUCUGGCUGAAAGCAGGUUUUUGUUUUGUUUGGGUUUUUUUGGUCCCGGUCAUCAUAAAACCCUAUGCUUAAAGGUGGCACCAGGAACGUGGGCACGCGUCUGCUUUUAGAGCCCGUUAGCCUCUCGGAUGACAAACGCUGCUUCUGGCCUUAAUAAUAAACCUUGCUCUCGGCA